CAAUUGACAAACGGACCAACUGACAAAUCAAAUCAAAACAGCAGCGUUACUGUGACUGACUGAAAGCUUGUUGAUAGAAGACUUUUGAUGGAUGAUGGCUCUCUCUGACCGACGUAGACCUUCAGCUCCUCACAGCACUGUGGAGAGGCUCAGUUUGAGGCUCCUCCCUCCUGCCGUCCAUCGGUUCAUCUUCAGCCAAUCAGAAGAGUUCUGGGUGGCCCACCUGGUCUUCAGGGCGCUGUUUGGAGCAGUGAUCGGUACAGUCGUGUUCCUGGGCGUCUGUAACAGCCUCCCGCUGACCUCUGCCAUGAUGCCGGCCGCAGCAGCUGUCUUUAUCGCUGUGUGCGUCGUCUGCGGAGCGUUGUCCUCCUCCUCCAGGUGUUUGGCCCUCCUCAUGUUUCCCAGCAUCCUCGGCUCCCGCGGCCGAGCGUACCUGAUGCUCUUCAUCCUGUCGGUGCUCUACAGUGGUCCAGUUUUUAACAUCCAGCGUAACGUGGAGACGGCUGCUCUGUCUCUGAGCUGUAAUCUGGAUCUGCAGGUUCAUCACAGCAAGUUACUAUGGCGACACGCCAUCAGGCCGUUCAUCGUCAUCACACAGGAGCUCAUGGAUGACGAACCACAGUUCCAGUCGGAGGCUCGGAGCGUCAGCAGGAAGUUUCAGGACAUCAGAGACGAGGUCUUCCUCCAGUACGGAUUCGACCGGUUCAAACCAAAAGACGCCGCCAGAGGGAACAGCACUCAGGAACAGUUCACCUUCAAGACCAGGAUCCAGUGCGACAGUGUGGUGAAUGAGGGCGUGCAGCGAUGUGCUGAUUGGUUCCACGGCAGGUGGGCGGAGUGUAUGAACGCGAUCCCCGUCCCUGUCAUCAACCACGUCCUCUGCGUCUCCAUGAAGUUCAACUUCCUGUGUGAUGUCAUGAGAGUGAUGACUCCGUGGUGCAGACAGCAGAUCCCCAUCGAGGGAAACUUCGGUCAGCUGUUUGAUCAGCUGAACCGUUCGGUCAACCUGCUGUCCAGAGAGUUCAGCACCAAGCUCAUCCUGCAGCAGCAGCAGCAGCAGGCGGUGCUGGGUGGAGUUCUGCUGGGUCAGAACAUCACUCAGGCGGUUCGGGAAUCCUUCCGGAGCCUGACGACGACCAUGGAGCAGCUGAACAACGUCCUGCAGCAUCUGCUCUCCUUCACCUUCAUCACCAUGUUCACUCAAGCGUUUGGUUACCUCCGACAGUACAGGAAGGACGUCCGAUUCGACAACGUCUACAUCACCACCUACUUCAGACAGAUCGACGCCCGCAGGAGGAGAGCGGGGAAGCGCUUCCUUCUGCCGAUGAAGAAGUCUGAGAGGAAGAAGUUCAUCGAGCCGUGCAGUCUGAAGAUCCACCCUGAGGAGCUCAAACAAGUGAGCUCAGGUGUGUUUCAGCUGCUGUCCGUCUCUCUGCUGUCCUUCGUCCUGCUGAUCGUUGACUUCUCUCUGUUCCACGUGUUGGACAUCGUCAGCAGACACACCUUCACCCAGUUCAACCUGACCAGUAGUCACCAGGUGGACAUUAAAGUGGGCGGAGACUCCAUGAUGGCCCGCCUCCUGAGGAAGACGGUUUCAGCCUUCAACAGCUCGUCCAGCCUCAGCUUCCACACCGACAACCGGGUGUGUGUGUCCCCCCCCUCCCCCCUCUCUGCAGGUGUGUAUGUGAGCUGUGUGUGUUUUGUCCUGUUAGUGGCGCUCUUCAGCUGCCUUCAGGUUUACAGCAUCCGCCUCCGCCGUGUUAUCGCUGCCUUCUACAACCCAAAGAGGGAGAAGAAGCGAAUCUUGUUUCUCUACAACCUGCUGAUCCAGCGACAGAUUUCCUCCACUGACAGUGAAGGCAUCACCAGCCGAGGGCAGCGCAGCAGGACGGUGUUUCAGCGUCUACGCCGCUGUCUUUAUCGCCAUCUCCAGCAGGAAGUGUCGGACUCACAGGUGACGCACUACGACCCCGCUUAG